AGCAGUAGGAUAACAGAAAGGGAUAACAGACACGAGAGAAGAGAGAGAGAGAAACGUACUGUAGAGCUCCUGGAAGACAAAAGGAGGGAGGGGGAUUGUUUCGCCAUCUCUCUUCUCUCCCUCCGGCUUUAAAAAGUGAAACCGCUCUUUGAAGUGGGGAGGUGGGAGGAGGUGGGGGCCACAGUGCUGUACCUUCACCAUCCUGUCUGGAGUGUCAGGAGUAUAUAAUGCACGGACCUGGACCUGAGUCCCAGACGCCACACGGAGCUGCAAACGGACAACCAGCAGAGGACCCGACGCCACGACGACCAUGAACGACGUUAAGCUGGCCCUGCUGGGAAGCCAGGGGGCCGGCAAGUCAGCUGUCCUUGUGCGAUUCUUGACCAGACGCUUUAUUGGUGAAUACGCCUCGAAUGCAAACUCUUUGUACCAUAAGAGGUUGUCGAUCGACGGCAGGCAGUUGAACCUCGAAGUGUUUGACCCCUGCUCUCAGCAGAGCUCCGAGGCCCGGUGCAUCCUGGAGGAGCCAGUGGACUGGGCCGACGGCUUCGUGGUGGUGUACAACAUCAGUGACCGCUCUUCCUUCAUCAACGCCAAAAGCAUCCUGUGCCAGAUCCGGGAGGCUCGCACCGACAGCUGCAAAGGGGACUCGGACGUUCCCGUGUGCCUGGUGGGUAACAAGCAGGACCUGUGCCACGUCCGGCAGGUACGAGAGGACGAAGGCCGCAGCCUGGCGCAGGAAACCCGCUGCCACUUCCAGGAGGUGUCGGCGGCGGAGAGCUACCAGGACAUCGCUGGCCUCUUCACCCGGCUCAUCCGGCAGGUGAUGGAGCACCUGAAGUACCGAGCCGACCGCCGGCGCUACAGCGGCUCCAAGUCCAUGGCCAAGCUCAUCAACAACGUGUUUGGCAAGAGGAGGAAAUCAGUGUGACGGUCCCAGCUGCAGUAUGACCUGAAAACAAAGUCAAGCUGGGUGAACUGGGAGGUUGCUUCUUUUUUUUCUUCUUCUUCUUUUCCAACAAAGUCAUAGUCGAGGCAAGCAGCAAAGCUUCGUAUUUGUUCAGUACCGUUGAAACGUACUCUUGAACAUUUCCACUUGUCACGACUUUAAUCUACUUUCUUGGGAUUAAACAACAUUAGACACACAAAGUGGUGCAUAACUGUAAAAUGAAGCUUGGUUUAUGAAUAGUUUUUGCAAAUGAAACAUCCUCUUUGGCCAAACUUAGGUCUAGUCAAAGUAUUUUAAAUAGGAUUUAGCUUUGGACAUUGACUAGGAACACCUGAAUAUGCUUUGAUCUAAAGCAAAACAGCAGCUGCAUUUCCAUUACAAAUGUUGACAUUUCUGGUUUUUUGCUAA